AUAUUGUUUCGUUGUACAAUCAAGCCAUGCAAAUUUAACAAAAUUCCCAACAUUAUAAAAAAAAAAAUAAAAAAAUAAAAGAAAUUAGAAAGAUUAUAUGGAUCAAGAUAAGGACUCCGGAGGCGUUAGGUACCGGGGAGUGAGGAGGAGGCCAUGGGGAAAAUACGCGGCGGAGAUUCGGGACUCGACACGACACGGGGCACGAGUGUGGCUCGGCACGUUUGGCACGGCCGACGAGGCCGCCCGUGCCUACGACCGUGCCGCCUACGCCAUGAGAGGCCCGCUCGCCAUUCUCAAUUUCCCCGAGGAAUACCCGUUGACCGCGGGCUCGAGGUAUUCUUCUUCGUCGUCAUUUUCAUCGUCUUCUAUAUCAGCUGCUUCUUCUUCAUCAUCUUCUACCUCAAUGCGAGGCUCCGGGGAGAGCAGUGGUAGUAGUCAGCACGGGAAACAAGUUAUUGAGUUGGAGUAUUUGGAUGAUAAGGUUUUGGAGGAACUUCUUGAGUAUGAAGAGAUCAAGAAUAACAAAAAAGGUUGAAGUUUAAUUGGGAAAUAUUAUUUGAUUUCCCAAGAUUAAUUUUUUUUUUUGGCAUUUUUCCUCACUUACUCUCAAUAUAAUAAAGAGAUUGUGAUUCUUCAUCCUUUUUUUUUUUCCCUUAGUGACAAAGGUUCUGAUAAUG